CCCAGAGUCAUUUGCUGGCGUCCUGGUGACUGAUCCCAGGCUUGGGCAGCAUCUUCAGGUUGUAGCGCGUGGGCAGCCUUGAGGCCGCAGCCAUGAAUGGGACAGAAGGCCCGAAUUUCUACGUGCCCUUCUCCAACAAGACGGGUGUGGUACGCAGCCCCUUCGAGUACCCGCAGUACUACCUAGCAGAGCCAUGGCAGUUCUCCAUGCUGGCCGCCUACAUGUUCCUGCUUAUCGUGCUUGGCUUCCCCAUCAACUUCCUCACGCUCUACGUGACCGUGCAGCAUAAGAAGCUGCGCACACCACUCAACUACAUCCUGCUCAACCUGGCCGUAGCCAACCAUUUCAUGGUCUUUGGCGGCUUCACCACCACCCUCUAUACCUCUCUGCAUGGAUACUUCGUCUUCGGGUCCACUGGAUGCAACCUGGAGGGCUUCUUUGCCACCCUGGGCGGUGAAAUCGCCCUGUGGUCGUUGGUGGUCCUGGCCAUCGAGCGGUAUGUGGUGGUGUGUAAGCCCAUGAGCAACUUCCGCUUCGGGGAGAACCACGCCAUCAUGGGUGUCGCCUUCACCUGGGUCAUGGCUCUGGCCUGUGCUGCGCCACCCCUCGUUGGCUGGUCCAGGUAUAUCCCUGAAGGCAUGCAGUGCUCAUGUGGGAUCGACUACUACACGCUCAAGCCCGAGGUCAAUAAUGAGUCCUUCGUCAUCUACAUGUUUGUGGUCCACUUCACCAUCCCUAUGACCAUCAUCUUCUUCUGCUACGGGCAGCUGGUCUUCACGGUCAAGGAGGCGGCUGCCCAGCAACAGGAGUCAGCCACCACCCAGAAGGCGGAGAAGGAGGUCACCCGCAUGGUCAUCAUCAUGGUCAUCGCGUUCCUGAUCUGCUGGGUGCCCUAUGCUAGCGUGGCCUUCUAUAUAUUCACCCACCAGGGCUCUGACUUCGGGCCCAUCCUCAUGACCCUCCCAGCGUUCUUUGCCAAGAGCUCUGCCAUCUACAACCCCGUCAUCUACAUUAUGAUGAAUAAGCAGUUCCGGAACUGCAUGCUCACCACCAUCUGCUGCGGCAAGAACCCAUUCGGUGAGGAAGAGGGCUCCACCACCGCCUCCAAGACGGAGACCAGCCAGGUGGCCCCGGCCUAAGCCCUACCGAAGGCUCUGCGCCAGCUAGAGGAGAGGCAUACCCCCCGCACCUGCCCCAAGCCAUAGCCGCCCCACCAGCAGGGUGCCUGUUGGAACCAGGCCACACAGGUUCCCUGAUUUAAAAGAAGAAAAAUAAAAAUCAUGAACUAACGAGAGAAAAAUGAAGCUGCCCCCUCGGUGGGGUCAGCCUGAGGAGGGACCGCACCGAGACCCCAAUCUGGAGUUCCCAGGGGCUGAUGGGACCUGUCUGCCUCCUCCCUCCUCAUCUCUCAGGAACACAAGGACUCUUGCUCUCUGGAAAGUGUCCCUGCUUAGGGAUAAGUGUCUAGCACAGAGAGGGGCACAUAGUAGGUGCUUAAUAAAAGCUUGAUGGAUGAAGGAAGGAAUGGAUGGAGGAAAGAAUGGAGGAACGAAUGGCUGGGAAAAAUCUACCUGUCCUCUCAAAAGCAUCUUAGCAACAGCAGCUCAUACUUUUGGUUAUGUGACCUUGGGCAGUUGCUUUCCCUCCGGAGCCUCUCUUUCUUGCCCCAUAGAACAGAAAUCCCAAUCCUGGACCUGCCUCCUACCUAGGGCUGCUGUGAAGAUCAGAUGAGAUUGUGUGUGUGUGUGUGUGUGCGUGCACAUGUGCACGCAUGUGUGUAAGCACUUUGUAAAUGAUAAAGAGCUGUACAGACUGUAGUUAACGUCAUGAAUAAUACCUAUUAAUAUGA